AUGUUGGAAGAAUGGUAUUGUCGUUCAAUUGCAAACAACAAUGCAGAUGCAGAAGACGACGAUGAUGAUAGUCCAGAGGAAGAAGUGCCUAACUAUAAGGAUCAGUAUCGAAAUCUUAAGAGGAAACUAAAAUUUUUAAUCUACGAAAAAGAUAGAAAUGGGCAUUAGUAAUCAUACACCUCAUCAUAUACCAACAAUGACAAAAUCUCAGCUCAAUACAAGCAAAAAGAAAAAACCUGCUCCAAAAGUAACGAAAUCAAACAGCACACCUAUAGUACAAUCGUCAAACAAUGUGGUACCAAUGUCUUUGAUGUCAGAUGGUCAUAUGACUCCAGAAGAAGUAGAAAGACAUCUAGAGUCUCGACAAACUUACUUGGAACUAGUACCAGAGAAAGCACCACCUACUGUUCCAACUGAAAUGUUCAGCAAUGAUCCUUCGUUAGACAGUCAGAGGAGUUCUGUGGAAAGUGUUCUAGAAAAAAUUAUAGUAAAAGUCGAAGCUGAAUCCAACCAGAAAAAUACAGAUAUUAAUUUGACCGUAAAACGGAAAUAUAAUUCAAAACACGAGUCGAAUAAAAGAUUGAAAUUAAAUCUGCACGAAUCUCCCGACGAAGCGACACACUGUCGUAUUUGCUAUGAUUCUUCUCACCAAUUACCUAUUACAUAUCCCUGCAAGUGUAAGGGAACCAUGGGUGCAAUCCAUUUAAAAUGCCUAGAACAUUGGCUAGAGGAAAGUAACAGAAAUAGUUGCGAAUUAUGUGGGCACCAAUUCGAGGUCAGGCGAACUCCUCGUUACCAUGUUCUACAUUCUAUAAUAAUUUGGGUGUGUCUUAAUCAACAGCAACAUCAAUUGUAUGUUCGCAGUUUAAAGGCUGAUUUACUUCGGAGCAUUAUUAUUACGCCUAUGGCGAUGGGAUGUUCUUACAUUUGUAUAGUUGCGGCUGAUUUUUAUGCGAAAACUAAUUACGAUAACUUUCCCCCAGCACGAUGGACAACGUAUUUAUUAUUAGCUAUGAUGUCCCUGUUACUUUUCUCUUAUUUUAUAUGGAUGUACAUGGCAAUACAGUAUCACCAGAAGAUUUGGUUUUAUUGGUGGCAAAAAACAAGUACACUUCAGUUCCUAUCGCCGAAAUAUUCGCAGCAAACCUGGUUAAAUCUUUUCCUUCUACAUACACUGGUUGACCGCGAUGGAACCUACGAUUUCACCAAGAGAAGAAUAUGGACCUUUCUUUGUACUGAGCUUCUAAACGCUUUAAUUUGCGAUUGUACUCUGGAUGUGUGCCAUCCUUUAACUGCUGCAGUUGUUUUUUCAAACUGGCUAGCUUAUCCUGGUAAACUCUGGGAAAAUCCAAAUAGGUCAUCGUUGGUUGAAACGUAA